UCCAGGGAGCGACCGCGCGUCUUCACCCGGAGUCCCAGAUGGCUUCAGUGACUGAUGGUAAAGCUGGAGUCAAAGAUGCUUCUGAUCAGAAUUUUGACUACAUGUUCAAGCUGCUCAUCAUUGGCAACAGCAGUGUUGGCAAAACUUCCUUCCUCUUCCGCUAUGCUGAUGAUACCUUCACCCCGGCCUUCGUCAGCACCGUGGGCAUUGACUUUAAGGUGAAGACAGUCUACCGCCAUGAGAAGCGAGUGAAGCUGCAGAUUUGGGACACUGCUGGGCAGGAGCGGUACAGGACCAUCACCACAGCCUAUUACCGCGGGGCCAUGGGCUUCAUUCUGAUGUAUGACAUCACCAAUGAGGAGUCUUUCAAUGCUGUCCAAGACUGGGCGACUCAGAUCAAGACCUACUCCUGGGACAAUGCGCAGGUCAUCCUGGUGGGGAACAAGUGUGACAUGGAGGAAGAGAGGGUUGUUCCCACCGAGAAGGGCCGACUCCUCGCAGAGCAGCUUGGGUUUGACUUCUUUGAAGCCAGCGCCAAGGAGAACAUCAGUGUUAGGCAGGCCUUCGAGCGCCUGGUGGAUGCCAUUUGUGACAAGAUGUCGGAUACGCUGGACACGGACCCCUCUGUGCUGGGCACCUCCAAGAACACCCGCCUCUCCGACACCCCGCCGCUGCUGCAGCAGAACUGCUCGUGCUAAGCAAGGCCCACCUCCCUGACCUCCCUUCACUGCGGCCCCACACCCACCCUGCUUCCCUGUUACUCUGCCCACCCGCAGCCGAGUUGCUGCUGCUAUUUGCCUGCAGCGGAGGUGGAAGCACGGCCCCGGGGUUCUCUGCAGACGGCCCCACUUACAGACACUCAGCACUAGACUAACAGCCAGGUCACAACGUGAGUGGAGAUUCGUUUUACAAAAGGAGUCUCCACUCUACCAAAGGGAUUCACUACUGGCACAUAGAAAGGCGAGUCUCUUUUCUGCCUUUAAAAUAAAAUUUCCUCCAUUGACCAAAAUUUGACACCCGCACACACACUUUUCAGGGCCCGGCCAACUGUUUAAAAUGAGACCCACCCAUAUUGCUAAUUCACUUAAAGAAGACCUCUCGAUACCAACGUGCUUGUUUCCUGUCAGGCUCCCUAGGGGCCUUCAUCUCACCACUAGUCAAGCCUUGUCUCUCGAAGCCCUCGCCUGUUACCACGGAUGCCCACAUUGCCUGGGGCAGUUGCUGUGGUGACAGGCCAGAGCUAAUCUCCAGAGAGCUCAGAGUCUAAAUGAUGCUGAAGGAGCAAAGGCUGAGUCAGAAACACAUUUAAAAUAAAAAGAUUAUCCCCUGAAAAAUAUCAAAGAUUCCUGUUGUAUAAAAGAGCGAGUGAGCUCAAGGAAGACAAAGAGAAAAAAGGAGAAAAACACAGGCACGAUAAAGAAACAGGUCACAAAUUUCUGAUUUUGCUGCUUUCCAGCUGGUUCUUAACUGUGGGAACUCCAUGCCAUAGGUCAUCGGUUCUUAGACUCCAGGAAUCUGAAAAAUUUACAAUUGGUGGGGUCCCAAAUUUUACCACGUCUCACUAGUCAAUUCCAAUCUUCAUAUUUCUGACAAGUGGCUGUCAAGCCUCACAGCCAAAUCUCUUUCUUCUAAAGCUUACCUUCUAGGCAGGGAUGGGAGCUCAUUUUCCACAUACAUCUUUGGGCAGCUCUCAAAAUCAGAAAAUUUUCCUUUCUUUAAGCUGAAAUCUGCCUCCUGGAAAUUCUUCUUCCUUUUCCCACCCCACUUGUGCCAGCUUUGCUGUCAGAGACUUCACAGUCUCUGCCCUUCUGCCCUGUGACACCUUAGAUGGUUUGAGAACAGAGAUCAUGACCCCUGGAAUCUGCCCUUUCUCUAAGUCAAAUAGAUUUCUAAUCCCACCUGCCAUUCUUCAUAGGGUCUUCUCUUUCAUGAACCCAUCUUUCACUCACUCCUAAGUAAUCCAACUGGGAAAUACAAUUCAAAGCAGAAUAAAUCUAAGGGGGCAUGACCCUGAAAAAAUUGGGAAAUGUGAACUCAGAGGUCCCAAGCCUAACUUAGUAGAAAGUUUCUACCUUAGUUUCUACCAAAGCAAAUGUGAAACCACUUCUGGUGGAAGGCACUAAACUAAACACCCAAAGAAGGCAAAAGACAAAAAGACCCUUUGAUACAAGAAACAAGCUGAAUGCAUUAGCUCAUGAUUCUAGCUUGUUUGGAUACAGGCACAUGUUUGGUUUUUAACUGAAAUAAUGACAUGGAGCUAGCAGUGAUUCCUGGAACUCUUUCCUCCCAGCCCUGGCUCAAAUCCCCAGCUUCCCCCUGCACUAACAUGCUACUUCAAAAGUCAGUGGGGAAGGAAGGAGAGUCCCAGGUUUUCUCUCCAUUUCAAUGCAGCUCACUGUCCUAGGAAAGUGCGUCAACAAUCAACAGGUCCAACGACUACAUAAAGGGACCCUUCAGAGUCAGCUCUAUGGAGAUGUUGCCUUCUAUGGUGCAGUGCGGAGGACGGAGCUUUGGGCUUGGAAUCAGGAGACUCAGACUCUGCCCUUAAGUCAGUUGUGUCUAUGGACCAGUUACUCCCCAUGACUGAGUCUUGAUUUUCCUUACAAAAUGAGCGGAGCAGGUGAGGUGCAGGAGGGAGGCUAUUUGGAUAAUCUUUUAGGUCCCUUCUGGCACUAAUAACUGAGACUUUUUUUCACCCUCAUCAUUUCAGUUGAUCUGCAAAAUAAACUCAAGAAGAGGAUUAUCACCCCAAUACCAUCGUAGUGAACACAGACAUCAUGCUUACUCAGUACCAGGCAUUGUUACCAGCACUUAACACGUAUUAACUCAUUUAUCUUUCCAACAUCUUUGUGAGGGAGGCACUAUAAUCAUCCUCAUUUAAAGACAUGGAAAGGAAGGAACAAAGAGGUUCUCUAGUUUGCCUAAGAUCACCUAAUGAGUGGAUGGUAGAGCUGGAGUUCAAACCCAGUCAGUAGGCUCCAGGGUCUGUGCUCUUCACUACAUUCUGUACCACAUCUCUUAUGGAUAAACUGAUCCAAAAAGGUUAAGAGACUUGGCCAAGAUCACACAACUAGUGAGUGUUAGAGUCACUAUAGCAUUCAAUCCCAGACCAUCAGCUUCCACAUCCACUGGAGAAAAGACUUUAAGUCUCCAAUCUGUUAAUUUAUCAACUAUUCAGACUAAUCUGAGGUGAUGGGUGUCUAAUGCUUCUGGGAAGGAGUUUCUGAGGCAACCAGGUGCCACGGGCCUGAGCAAAAAUUUCCCAGUAUUUCUCGGGCCCAAGUGCUGGCUUUCCCUGUACCUGCCUCUGUCAGGCAAUUCUUAUCAAAGCUCACAAGCGGUGCUUGAAGGAGCAACGUCCCUGCGUCAGCAAUGGGGCAUCAUGGGGGUAUAACUUAAUUAAGUUUUCUGACCAUGGAAGAAUGUGGUCCCUUCCCAGGCAGUGGUUCCAGGUGUGCUUUUUACACUGUAAUGUUCCAUAUAUGUCAGGGAUAAUUACUAUUUUUCUCAGCAGUAACACCCAUCUAUCUCAGUACUAGGAUUUCAGACCAAGCCCCUUAUGACCUCUGGAUAUUUUAGUACAUAUAUCCAAUAAUCUUUUCUCCACUACCGAGUAUUCAGGCAAAGAUUGAAAUUUUUACUUAAAAAUUCUUUAAAACUUAAGAGCCAUUUCAAGGGAAUAAGCAUCUUCACAACAGAUGGAAUCAAGAGUUAAAUGUAAUAGUGGGCAACAAGCAGGCUUGCUUGUUAGAUGGCAAUUCCCCAGUCCUGCUCUGCGACCUCAUUUCUGCUGAGUGGAAGGCAGCAGCUUCCAGCUGAUUGCCGUGAAUGUUCAUCAAUCAUGGUAAUAGUGCAAUUAGCCACCAAGGUUCAAGCUGCAUAAUAUGUGUUAGUGGCAACUCGUCCCAGUUUUCAUCCUGCUUAACAAUCCAAAUAAAAGACAAUUUAGAAAAAAAACCUCUUGACCUCUAAAAAGGCAAAAGUAGGCCAAAAGUGCAACACAGUAUUGUGGCUAUUUACAGAAUCUGUUUUAAAUGCAUGUGUGUAAAUACAAAGUGAUUCCUGACAUUACUAUCUCCUCCUUCUGUAGCAUCAUUAACUACUAGGAGCAGCAAUGGGGUAGAGUGUACUGAAUGGUCACAGAUUCAUUACAUAUUAGAUCUGGAAGGGAACUUAGAGAAAAUCUUUUCCAAAAGGAAGGUUGAAUUCCAGGGAGAGGGAAGAAAUUUCCUAAGGUCAUUCUGAGAGUAGAUUAGUGAUGGAACCAGGACUAGGUUCUGGAUCACCUCUAGGAAGCAAUUCACCUAUUCUGUAUCUAAUAUGGUUCUGGCACUAUUGAACACUGAGUAAAUAUAUGUGAGAGCAAAUAAUCCCUGCCUACAGGUACCUACAGUCUAAUGGAGGUGUGUUUCGGAAAUAUUAUUAUCCCAACUUGGCAGUCAAGGAAACAUAGCCUUGAAAAAGUUAACAUGCCUAAGUCGCUCACUGUAUCAGUUGAACUCUCCUGUCUGACUCCUGCUCUUUCAAUAUUCUUCUUCAGAUUGUGUGUUUGGGGUGUUGAUAGUGACAGACUUCCAAGGAUUGUCAGAAUUAAUUAAAUAGCUUCAUUUGGGA